AUGGGAAGUAGUUGUAUGCGAAUUGGCAAAAAAGAUUUCGAGCCUCAAAUUCUUCCUGCUGAUCCUUCCAAUGACAAAGAUGAGGCCAAGCAGUUGAUCUCACAACAGUCAACAAAUUUAAAAAUUUUGGAUGAAGAACGAAAAUUCACUAGGCACUCACCAGCAAAAAUAAAGCAUAAAGCUCCCAAAGUUGAUGCAAGAAAAAGUAUCGAUGACAAUGUAGAAGCCCUGACUGCAGUUAUUUCAGACAAGCCCAAGAGUCCUUUGGAUCGAAAAAUGAUUUUGGAAACUUUGAAUUCUCACUUUAUCCUAAAGAAUCUAGACAAUGAAAGCAUAAAUCUAGUUGUAGAAAACAUGAAAUUAUAUGAAAUCGGUCCGAGAGAAGUCAUUUUUGACCAAGGAAGUCCUGGGCAGUGCUUCUAUGUGCUUUGCACAGGGAGAGUAGAGCUGCUAAUAAAUGGGCAUCGGAAAGAUGUAUUAAAGCCUGGAGUUGGGUUUGGAGAGCUGGCUUUAUUAGAUGACAGGCCCAGAUCAGGAACUGUAAGAACAAUAGAGAGAUGCACACUUUGGGGAGUUGACAGAGUAACGUUCAAAGAUGCUGUAAAGAGAGUAAAUGCUUUGAACCAUGAAGAAAAUAAGCGUUUCAUUGACAGUAUACCUUUAUUUAACGCCCUAAUGCCAAACCAAAAAGACGCUUUGCUCACUUCACUUGUAACGCAGUGGUGAAACAAUGGGCAGAAGAUUGUAAAAGAAGGUGAUGAAGGGGAUUUGUUUUAUAUCAUAAAGCAAGGUAUCGUGUCAUGCACUGAAAAGGGCAGAGAAAUAAGGCAGAUGACUAAAGGAGACUAUUUUGGAGAAAUAGCUUUACUUUACAAUACGAAAAGAACUGCCACAAUUGCAGCAAUUGAUGAAGUUAAAGUUGUAUCUAUUGGGAGAGAAGCUUUGAUUGAAGUUCUUGGAAAUAAUUUAGAGCAGAUUCUAUAUAGAAAUACCUUGAGAAUUGCUGUGGAGAAAAGCAAUACCCUGAAAGGGUUGUCUAAAGAACAAAAAGAGUUAAUCUUUGACAACAUGAAAGUCAAAACGUUUUACCCUGGAGAAGUAGUGAUUCCCAGAGAAACUCUAAAAGGGAAUAACUUAUGGGUGGUCACAAAAGGGUCAAUAAGAGGUCCAAAAAGUGUUAUCGAAAUUUUUGCAUGUAUUGGAGACGAUGAACUAUUUUCAGAAGGAAAUGAGCCUUAUGCGGUUGACUUUAUUGCUGAACUUGAUACAGUAGUUGCUCAUAUUACCAAAGAAGAAAUUGAAAAGUGCACUGGAGGCAGACUGAGUGAAGUCCAAGUAAAUAAUGAAGCCAUGGAAAUUUUGAAAACAGUCCAACUACUAAGAGGUCUGACUCAGCCCAAGCUUGCCCAGCUAGUCCAAGCUCUAAAAGAAAUCCAAUUUAUUGACCAAGAAGUCAUUUUCAAUCAAAAUGACAUAGGUCAUUCCUUUUACAUUAUAAAGUCAGGAAAAGUUUCUGUAGCCAUCGACGGCGUCAAUAUAAGAAUGAUUGGAAAGCAUGACUAUUUUGGAGAAAGGUCAUUACUUUUCCACGAUACUCAAAGAAGUGCUACUGUUGUCGCAAACGGCCCAGUUGCUUGCUGGGUCUUGAAUUAUACCGAUUUUUGGAGCAUAGUAGAUGAAAGAAUUCGUUCCCAGCUAAUGAAAAGAAUAGAACUCCAAGAUGACACAAUUUCUUUCAAUGAACUUUUGCCUGUCAAACUAUUAGGGAAAGGAAAUUUUGGUAGUGUCUAUCUUGCUGCUCAUAAAACCAAAAGGACUUUAUAUGCAUUGAAAACUGUUUUAAGAGAAAAAAUCCAAGCUUAUGAAAUAUACGAAAACAUUCUUCUAGAGAGGAGAAUUAUGCUUCAACUUGACCAUUGCAUGGUUGUGAAGCUUGUAAAAACAUUUAAGGAUGAUACGAGGCUGUAUUUCUUAAUGGAAUAUGUAAGAGGACUUGAUCUCUUUGAUGUUCUGAGGAAUAUGGGACUUUUAAAUGAAAACGAUGCUAAGUUUUACACUGCUUGCUUGUGCUGCAUUUUAGAGCAUCUGCAUGAAAGAGAACUUAUAUAUAGAGAUUUAAAGCCAGAAAAUGUAAUGAUUGACGAAGAAGGGUAUCCGAAGCUGAUUGAUUUUGGGACUGCAAAAUUUGUGCAUGGGAGAACUUAUACAACGGUUGGGACUCCUCAUUAUAUGGCACCAGAAAUCAUUGUGGGCAGUGGAUAUUCCGCCUUAGUUGAUUGGUGGAGUCUUGGGAUCAUGGUUUAUGAAUUUAUAUUUGGAUCUGUUCCGUUUGGAGAAGAAGAAGAUGAGCCAUAUGAAGUCUACCAAAGAAUAUUAGAGCACAGACUGCAAUUUCCCAAUACAUUGGACCCUACCAGCCAGGUAAAGCCACUGAUACAGCAGCUACUCAGUAAAAGCCCGGCCAUCAGAACUGGAGGAAGCACUGAGAAACUUAGAGAGCAUAAAUGGUUCCGCAAUUUCAAUUGGGUAACAAUAAUGUAGGAUCAGUUAUUAUUGAAACAAAAAAGAGUUCCUUAUAUUCCAAAACUGAAAACAUUGGAAAAUGAACUGAAUAAUGCAUUUAAGUCUCAAAAGAAUUUGAUGGAGGUAAUCAUGAAGUAUGAAAAAGGAGAUCGUGUUGAAGUCACAAGGAAAAAACCGAAACUUCCAAAGCCUAACUGGGAUAGCGAGUUUUAA